AUGUCGACGAGGAAUUUAUUUGUAUUCCUCUGGCUGGCUGGGUUGAGCUUCCAGCAGCAAGAGCAAGAGGACCUGUUGAAGAACUUUUGCCGAAUCUUCGGACAUCAGACAGCGGUGAUCGAUCGAAAGCUCUACAUCGAUGGUGGCUUCGUCAACUACAAUCCUCUUUCUCAAUACCCCCGCAACUACACGCAUACCGGUCUGCUCAAUGCGGACUUUGAUGUCGACAAUGAGGGCAUGCCUGCGGUAUACAACAAUCUGACAAAGCCUACCGAUGCACCAGAUGUGAAUGGAGGAAUACUGUGGUCCGACGCGGUCAACAAGAUGCUCUACCUUUACGGCGGCGAGUUCUCCCAGGGCACUCCGCAAAACUUCUCGAUGUGGACUUAUGACGCCCUCUACAACAAGUGGAAAACCGCCAACCCCGAUAUCACGCAGGCGAAUAUCCAGAGGGCUAGUUACGGCAGUGGAGUCACGCUGCAAGAUCGCGGGGUCGGCUACUACUAUGGCGGAUGGCUAUCGAAUGCUUCGGUUCCGGCUUGGGGAUCGCGGCCUCCCAUGGCUUUGUCAAGUUUACUUGAAUACGACAUGGUACACAAUACGUGGAUGAAUUCGACUGGUCCGGACUCAGUCGGUCGCGCUGAAGGGGCCAUGGUGUAUAUCCCAGCGAGUGAAGGGAUGUUGGUGUACUUUGGGGGCGUGAAGGCACCUCAAAAUAAUGGCACUACCGUCGGUCAGCCUAUGGAUGAGAUUCUGUUAUAUGACAUCUCUGAUAGUAAGUGGUACACUCAAAAGGCAACCGGCCAGGUUCCAGAGCAAAGGAGGAGAUUCUGUGCCGGUGCAACCUGGGCUCAGGAUUAUUCCUCGUAUAACAUUUAUCUCUACGGCGGCCUCGGUGUUCCAGCUGGUGUUGGCUUUGAUGACAUCUACAUUCUGUCUUUACCUUCCUUUAGAUGGAUCAAAUGGUAUCCCGAUGCUGCUGGUGCCGGCUAUCCCAAACAUUCAGCGUCCUGUACAGUCGUCGAUGGGGCCCAGAUGAUCGUGAUGGGCGGCACAUACACGAACUCCACGACCUGUGAUGUGCCUAAGAUCUACGGGUUGCAUAACAUGUACUUAGGGAAACAAAACCCUGAGCAUGCCAUGUGGGCAAGGUUUAGACCAAACCUCACGAGCUACCAAGUUCCGUCCGAGAUUAUCUCCGUUGUUGGUGGAUCUGGAACAGGAGGUGCCACUACCAAAGCGCCAUCGAACGGCUUUGAUGACCGUGACUUGCAGGUCUUCUUCCAGCGCGUAUACACCCCAACCACCCGCACACCCACCCGCGCGAUCCCAACAUCAACCUCCUCCCCAUCUGAUCGGUCUCCGUCUAAGUCUACACCUGUAGGGGCGAUUGUGGGUGGUGUCUUAGGCGGCGUCUUUGGAUUAUUAAUAGUGGCCGCCCUUCUCUACUAUUUUCUGCGGUUUAGGAGGAAGAAAGAAAGUGAACUGACCGAACAGCAACAACAACCACAACCACAGGAAGAGGUGAAAGACCCGCCACCCCCAGACAUUAACGAGCUUCCCGGACAGCAGGAGUAUAGGAGAAGCGAACUAUACGGCUCGCAGCUCGUUGAGUUACCUUGUCCGGAGGGAGAAGCCGUAGCAGCAGCGAUGGCUUCCCGCUCACCCACCUCUCCCUCUAACUCUACACCAUACUCGCCGCCAGCUUCACCUCCGCCUCCACCACCAGCUUACCACAACCGUUUGUCGGAAGAUAACAUUGCCCCUGCUACUCCAGUACGCGGGUCGGCUACAUCAUCUUAA